CGUCUCCUCUGCGGAGUGCUUGUUGUAAGGCGACCGAACCGGUGGUCGAAGUGCACUGCAGAAUCCCAGAUGAGCGUGCAACUGUAAGCACUGACUGCAGCUUGGUUAUCUCUGGUAUCCAAGAUGCGGCUCUUUUCUUCGUUAUGUCUUGUGGUCGUGGCACUCCUGAGCGUGGUGUCGGCCAGAAGCGCCGUCGGGAACAGAGUGCUUGUUGUUUUGGAGGAUGAAUCGCAGAAACCGCUAUACUCGAAAUUCUGGGCGGACCUGGAAGCCCGAGACUUCAAACUAUCCUUUGAGUCGCCGAGGAGCGAGCAGUUGUCGCUAUUCCGGCAUGGCCAGUUGGCGUACGAACAUUUACUCCUAACACCGCCCAAGUCGAAAGGCUAUGGACCAUCGUUGACGCCUAAGAUCCUCCUUGACUACGUCAACGCGGGCGGAAACGUCCUGCUGGGUCUCUCCUCCGAUUCGGGCACGCCGUCUGCCGUUUCCUCCCUUCUCCUCGAGUUUGAUAUUUCCCUGUCACCGGACAAGCAUUCAGUCGUCGUGGACCAUUUCAACUAUGACGCCGUGUCCGCGGCCGAGAAACACGAUGUCCUACUGGUCGAUCGGCCGGGCCCAUUGCGACCAGACGUGGUCAACUUCUUUGGAGGUGAUGGCGUUCUCGCGGUCCCAAGAGCCGUGGGACAGACACUCGGAACAUCCAGUGCCUUGAUUGCACCCAUUCUCCGGGCGCCCAAGACAGCAUACACAUACAACCCCAAGGACGAGACCGAAAGUGUCGAGGAGCCAUUUGCGACUGGAUCGCAGUUGGACAUCAUAUCGGCAAUGCAGGCUCGCAACUCGGCCCGCGUCACUGUUCUCGGGUCGUUGGAAAUGCUUCAGGACAAGUGGUUCGACGCAUCGGUCAAGUUGCCCGGCGGGAAAUCCAGCAAAACGGUCAACCAGGAAUUUGCAAGGCAGCUGACGGAAUGGACCUUCCAAGAAGUCGGCGUCCUCAAAGUCUUCUCUGUCCAGCACUAUCAGAUCACCACAUCGACCAAACCUACCGAGAAUACCACCCAAAUAGGCGAGUAUAAUCCUGAAAUGUAUCGGAUCAAGAACGACGUGAAAUUCUCCAUUGAAAUCGGCCAAUACGACCGCACGCAUUACGUUCCAUUUGUCGUCCCUGAGACAGAUGCCCUCCAACUCGAAUUCACCAUGCUCUCUCCUUUCCACCGCCUCCCACUUAGCCCGACCCUGACCACCGACAACAGCACCAUUUUCAGCACCACGUUUACCACCCCGGAUCAGCACGGCAUCUUUGCCUUCAAAGUCAACUACAAGCGACCGUUCUUGACCCCGAUCGAGGAGAGACAUCAAGUCACGGUCCGGCACUUUGCACAUGACGAGUGGCCCCGCUCCUGGGAGAUCACCGGAGCGUGGCCCUGGGUUGCCGGACUAUGGAGUGUUAUUGCCGGAUUCGUCCUUUUCGUCCUUCUAUGGCUCUAUUGUGAACCGCCAAAGGAGGAGCUCGAGAGGCGGCGGAAGCUGAGUGUGAGUGUGAGCUCGACAAAAUGAGGCUGGGUGGUUUCGUGGCUAUCUACAGCAUGUGAAUAGCGCACCACCAGAGCAAUGUCUAUAUAAAAAGGAGGUGCAGUGGGGAAACGUGUACGGGCUUCCAUUUCAUUCUCGACGGAUAGAAUCAGCAGAGGGAUAGAGACAAAACAAAAAGUUGCUUUUCCACCCAAUUUCAUCGAUGUUCGUAGCGUCAAAUGGGGUUAUCUGGUAUGCUUGAUGACUGUUGUAAAAGUGGUGUUCAUAGGAGCAGAGAUAUAUAAUACAUUGUUCUUGCUCAACUGUCGAACCUCCUGCAAGACCACA